AUGCCACGCCGCCAUGCCCCAAAACAUUACCGGUGGCCGGAAAUCCAACUCAACAUCUGGAUUCUCACUGUCCUCGCGGCCUCCUGCAUCUGCCUGGGUAUCUUCGCCUGGUUCAUAUCUGUUCAGGCAGAGCUGAGACUCGGGAUACCAUGGCUCUUCCCGUACAUGCUUACAACGUCCGCCCUCGCGCUCUUCUUCAUAAUUGUCGUCCUUGUCCUCGCAGCACAGGGCUUCCUGCUCCCCGGGAUAAUCCUUGUCGGCACAUUUAUCCUCUUUGCGCUCUGGCUAACAGGCCUCAUCGAAACCUCGCUCCAGAUGUACGGCGUCGUCGCCAACAUCAACGGCAACUGCCAAAUCUGGGUGGACGAUAACCGUCAGGGCGGCGAUAAUCUGGAUACAAUGGCGUGGAUUGCGCAGAGUAAUAUUUGUAACUGCUGGCGAACGGCAUUCGCGUUCGAGCUGGUAAAUACAGUAUUCUUUUUGUGGAUGAUUGUUAUGGCGUGGAAGGUACAUCGGGAUGUUCACCAUCGCCGUUGA